AUGAGUUCGCUUUUUGUCAAAUGUAUGACAUGCAAUUAAAAACCUGCCACUAUCAAGUGCUCAGAUUGUCAGCCUGGAUAACUCUAUCGUAUAUGUUAUGCCUGCGAUACACAAGUCCACUCCAAAAGAGGUCCUAUGGAACGUCAACAUAAAAAAGAAAUCAUACCGUAUCAAGAGAUGUAUCUAAAGGGUUAAUCGAGUACUCGAGAUCAAUAAACAUAAAGCAAACCUGAAUUAUAAUAAAAGCCGAAAUAAUCACUAUUACAAUACCAAUAACCAUAAAUUUCAAACUCAACUCAAUAAUUUACAGCUUCUCAAAAAGCAGGAAGAACUGAUUUGGAAACCAAGAAUUUACAAUAAAAUAAACCUUUUUCUGCUUAAAACAAAGAAGUGUCUAAAUUGGAAUAAUAAAAUAAAUUUGAAAUAGUCUAAUAGCAAACUAAAGUAAAAAAUAAUUAAGUUGGAAAAUAAGAAAAUUAAGAUAUCCUUUCUGAUUCCUCCAAGGAGUUGGUCGAAUAAAUCAAAAAGGAAAAGGAAAUUAAUCAAAAAUUGAAGAGCGAUUUGCAGUAAACCAAAGAUUAACUGUAAAACAUCAAUAAAGAAGUGGAGAAAAGAAUACAAUAAAAUCAAAAGGAUUUGGAAAAGAAGAUCAGUGAUCUAAAGAAGGAGUACGCUGAAGAUAAGAGGAAAACUGAAUAAUUGUCUGAGGAUGUUAAACAAUUAAAAGAACAAUUAAAAAGUACCGAUUAAUAGGCAACUAAGAAAUUAGACUAGCAAAAGAAGUAGUAUGAACAAUAGCUGAAGUAAUUACAAUAGGUAGCAUAAGAAAAGUAGGAUUAAAUUGAAGAAAUAGCAUAAGAAUUCUAAAAUUAUAACUUUGAAGACAUUCAAGCCAAAAUGGGAGAAAUGGGCAAUGAUAUUAAUUAGAGAGAUCAAUUAAUCGAGGAAAUGUAGCUAUAAUUACAGGAGAAAAAUUAAGGAGGAAAAUAAAAUGAUGGAUAGGUAGCAGAAAUUGAAGAAUUAAAGGUUUAAUUGGAAUAAAAAGGUUAAGAAAUAGAGAAACUUGAAGAAUUGAUAGAUAAUUUUAAAUAGUUAUAUCAACAUAUGUUAGAUGAAAAACAAGUAAUGGUAGAUGAAAACGAAAAGUUAGUGAGUGAGAAUAAUCAAUUCAGAGAAUUAUUUAGUUAAAAUUUGCAUCUAUUCGGAAUUGAUCCAAAUGAUUUGGAAGGCGGGGAUGAAGAUGAUACUGGAGCAGAGGCUGAGGCAGAGGAUUAUCGUUAACAUGAAGAAGAUGAGGGUUGA